CAUUUUAUACACAGAAGCAAAACACAUAACCUUUCAUGUGAAAAAUCGCCAACGAAAGCUUGAUCCUGCAUACAUAAUCAGCUGAUAAUCUGUGAAUAUCUCGUGAUAUUGACGCCAAUUGUUGUUUUCUCAGUUUUUACAAUGCGCGUGUUGCAUUCUUUAAUUUUUUGAACAGACGACCCUCAUGUUACGACGCCAACAGAAAUAUUAUACUUUAAAAUAUGACAACUUGCCAUAUCUCAGUCAAAACAGAAAAACAUUGAAGGAUAAUAUAUAAUAAACAAAAUAGCCUCCUUUUUUUCUUCAAAAAUGUGCAUGGGGACGAUAAAUUUGCCCGCGGCCGGACAUUACAGUACAAGAUUACUUAUAUUUAACUAAAACUCCCUGACCCAAGCAAAGUGCUAACGCCAUUUCACGCUCUAAACACACUUGUGCUUAAAGUUUCUGGUUACCGGUACAUUGUAGAGUCGUUGCGAAUGUUUAGAUCAUUCAUAGUUGCACCAGUAUCUGGCCGUUAUGAUUCGACAGAUGUCUUGAGCACAGUGGCAUGCGUAUUCUAAAACGUUCGGUUUAAUUGUUGCAGGCGGGUGACAUCGCUUCCCACCUAACAAAGACCGAAGCAGUAUAGGUAGAAUCAAUGAUGGCCGACGAAGGGGGAUGUCUUUUUUUGGAUGUCAAUUAUAAUUCGACGGAAUAUCUCUUCAUUGGCCACAUUGUGACCUUAGUCCUCAACUCUGUUUCGUCUCUCACCGCCGUAGCCGGCAACGGCGUGGUAAUUCUCGUUGUGUGGAAGACGCCAGCACUUCACACGCCAUCAAACGUGUUUUUGUGUUGUUUAGCGAUCAGUGAUCUUACUGUCGGAUUAAUUGCACAACCAUGUUUCGUGAUCCACAAAAUCGGCGAACUUCUCGAAAGCUACAGCAUGUAUUGCACCACAAGAAUAUUGGCAGAGUCAGUUGGGUAUAUAACAGCCGGUACCUCUGUUCUAACCAUGACCGGCAUUGCGAUCGAGCGAUAUCUUGCCUUAUAUCUACAUCUGCGCUACAAACAAAUUAUAACCACGAAGCGCAUCUUAGUCGCUGCUUUCUGUCUGUGGGUGUUUUUCAUCUUGCAGGCCGCUUCUAGAUUUUGGAUCGCAAACGACAACAUCUUCAACAACAUCGCAAUUCCUGUCAUAGGUUGCAGUUUGGUCUUCACUUUCCUGGCCUAUAUGAAGGUCUUGAAAUAUGUUCGCCGUCAUGAGAACCAAAUUCAUGAUCAAAAUGUGUCUAACCCCAAUCAAUACCCGGCGAGUAAUCGUUUGCUGGGGAUGAGGCGCUACAAAAAGUCGACUCUGACAAUGGCGUACAUUGUAGGCAUCUUCGUCCUCUGUUACAUCCCAAUUCUGUGCGUCAAAAUUGCUCACAAGAUCGAGGGUUAUACCGCAAGUGUCAAAACUGCGUAUGUGUACGCAUCCACAAUCGUCUUCCUAAACAGCUCAUUCAACCCCGUAGUUUACUGCUGGAGAAUAACUGAUAUACGGAGAGCUGUAAUAGGUAUAUUUUCGCGCUGUCUUCGGGGAAAAGAAUUGCCUGGUAUUGAAACAGUCGAAGCAAGCGUAAGACUUAGCGGGAUUUUCCGUGGAAACAGAGCCUUUAGCGUCAGUAAUUUCAACACACCCCGCGCUUCACUUAGCGUCAUACAACCCGGCUGAAAUUGACAAAAUUUACACAUUGACUAAGACAUUUUGCAGAAUAAGCAAAAGAAUAAGAAUACGAUAGAGUGAAAUCUUACAAAAUUUCAAUGGGACUACAUUUUCUUCUGAAUUUUUUUUUCGUUUUGUAUUGUUGUUUAGUUUGUUUCAAUACAUCACGCAGUCUUGUAGAGACGCCAUGAACGCGUGUGAUAGGAAAAAAUCUAACCGGCUAAAUAUAUAAAAUAAGAUAAUUUCAAAUACUUUGAAAGCUAAUCAAUCGUAACUGGAAUAUUAAUGACCAAGGCAAACAUUUAUUCAGCUUUCAGUUUACACAUGUAUGCACGAAACUCUCAAAAAGACCUGUUUAACGAAAGCAUGAUAUUCAAUUUUCAAGCCAAGAAUGUCGUCUGCAAACUAAUUAUCAAAAAUUGCUUCGCAUGGCAGAAGAUCCCAAGAAAAGGCAAUGGAAAGUAUGAAACAAAAUUUACACGAAACAACUUUUAACAUAUGCCACCGGGUAUUGUGUGGUCAGGUUACUCCAACAUGACAAUUUUGCCUCGAGAAAUGUCAUCCGUGUUUGAAGGUCUGAUCGUUUGAUAACUUGAACGAUCAGAAAAUUCUCCCUUGUAAUACUUCUUUGAAAAGUCCUGUGUGCUCGUGUAGAAAAUAAGUUCUCUCGGAAGCCAUCCUCUAUUACAUCUAGUUUUAAUUUCCUCAGUGGCAUGUCUUUUAGAGCCACAAUCCCGUUCUUUUUUUUUCUACCGGCAGGAACAGUUUCCCAUCCCAGCAGCACUAAUUAAAAAUAUUUUGUUGUUUUGAAAAGUUUUUAGCCGUGCGAUACGAGCAAUUUUUUCCAGUUGACAAGCUAUCGUUGAAAAAAGAGAGUCUUGUCAUAGAUAAGACUCGCCAAAGAAAAAGAUCGAUUGUCAUAACUUGUCAUGCGCACAAGCAAGUCAUCCAUAAAACCUGUCGUACGUGAUAUGACAUGGGAAAAAGAAUAUUGUCUUGACGUAACAACUUGUUUGCUAUUUUCUAAAGACCCACACACCCGCAGUCUCAACACUGUUUUUCACUAAGGAAUAAGCAUAAGCGUAAUGGAUACUUUCGUGCCCAUUACAGCGAUUCUACCCUACUUAACGUAUUGCCAAUUAGUUUGGCACUUUUGUAAAGCCAGCGAUUCGCGCAAGAUAGAAAGACUCCGAGAGAGAGAGGCUUAAGGGCUGUAUACAAAGAUCACAACGCCACCUACUCAGAAUUACUCAAGAGGGCUCAACUACCAACACUAGAGAACAGACGCCUGCAAAAUGUAUGCACCCUUAUGUAUAAAGUCAAACGCAAAUUAUGUCCAGCCUACAUUAGCAACAUUUUUAAUACUCAUAGCACUUCUUAUUCCUUAAGACAAACUGAUUUCAGCAUUCUUGGAUAUAAUACAGUAACAUAUGGUCAACAUUCCAUGCGCUACCUUGGACCAAAAUUAUGAGCAAAACUGCCUAAAAAUAUUAGAUCUGCAAAAACUUUGAACAACUUUAAAAGCACUAUUGCUGGACGACGGAUGUAUGCGUUGUUCUUGCUGUUCAUCUAUGUAGUUAGUUGUUAAAUAUAACUAUUAGGUGAUAAUAUUAUGAUAGUAUUUAUCAACAAAUAAGUUUUUUUUUAAAUUCAAUUUCAAUAUGUUAAUAUUUUCCUAAUUUUACUAAAUCUUAGGUGAAUACAUUUUACUUUAUAAUUUUAGUCUCCCCAAUUAGUAGAGCACUUGUGCUUAGCUAUUAAGACUGAGACUUAAAUAAAGUUAUCAUUCAUUCAUUCAUUCGUCCCGUUCGCGUUUUCUCUUUUGGGAAUUAUUCUCUUUUCUUUCGUUUAUUUAUUUAUGCUUUUUACUAUUUUACAUCAAAUGCCAAUAAAGCUUAUUAAAGCUAGGUAAGUCACAUACGGAGACGCACUUGAGCGCUGCUAAAUUUUCCUAACAAAAGACGCCAAUUAUAAACAUCUUACUGUGUCCGCGUAUGGCCGGCUUAUGCUUAUGCACUGAUGUAAAUCAGCCUGUACCAUCACGAACCAUCCGCACAAUCACCUAAAAAUGUUUUUCAUCACCCGCAAAACACGCCCAAAGCGAGGCUUUUUAAUACGAGCUCGUACGAAAUAAACCUCGCUCUAGUGAAUCAUGCACCUGCGUUUAAUUCGGACAGGUCUUCACAAGGUAUUGUAGCAGAUAUACAGGCGAUUUACACCACAAAAAAUAUUUGGAACGGCUCGGAUAAAACUGGUACAGGUGUAAAUUUUCAUCCAUGCUCGGACUAUCUUUGUAUGGUUCGAGCACGAGUGAAAGUGAACACGGAUGUCAAAUCUAUCCGAACAGUUCCAAAAAUAGCGUGUAGUGUAAAUGGGUCCUUAGACAUAUACGACAACGGCCCAUACAAAUGAACAUCUUUUACUUAAGGCUGGUGUUCAGUGAUGUAAAUGCUACGAUCCGGUUACGAUCGCUAUGACAGCUGCUAUGGUGGCGAUUACAGCAGAAAACGUUGAGAAACUAUUAAUAUGUAAGUAAUUUUUAUUAUUAUUGUUUUAUUAUGACUACCAGUUUCCAGGUGAUCGCUACAGAGAUGACCUGGGGCCCGUUUCUCGAAGGUCCCGAAAAGUUUUCGC